GCCAAAGCCAAACUCGAGAACGAAGUUCGACGUAGAUCGGAGAAGCACCGUGCUCCGAAAGCGAAUUCUUACGCUCUACACUCCAUGUCCAUCCAGAUGUUCGCCCAGACGGCGGAGUACGAGGCGCCCUGCAGCGCGACGCUGGCUGCCCGUCCGCCUCCGGGUCUCGUGGAGGAAAUCGACGUCGCCGCGUGGGGCGGCGUUGGUGCUCGCAUCUUCUGGGCCCUCGAGGCCUGCGAGGACGAUGAAGAGUUCGUCGAUUUUGUCUCAUGGAAGCGCGCCGCCGAGCCCCCCGAUGCGGAGACCACGAGCACCGCUGGCAGCGAUUGCGCCAGCGACGCUGACUGCGGAGGCCAUGGUGCCUCAACCGCGGACACCAGCGCUGCAGACGAUCAGUCCGAGGCUGAUGCCGACAUCGACGUCACUGCGUGGCAGGGCGUGGGCAAGCUCAUGUGGACCGCGCUGGGCAGCUUCGAGGACGAGGACGACGACCCACUGCAGCGGCGGCUCCUCCAGCAGGCUCCGUGA